GUAUAAGAAACACAAAUGUGAAAACUGAGAUGAAUAAAAAUUUAUUGUUUUUGAGGAUCAUGGGAUGUAAUAUGGUACGUGUAAAGUGAGUGUUAAAUUGAAAAUUCAGUCUAGAUUCGGAUAUUGAGUGCUGUGGUUGUUGAUUAGAACAUUUUAUCCGUCAGUGGUUCUUCCAUUUAAUUUUGAAAAUUUGAAAUUGUCGUAAUGUUUUGUUACUCUGAAAUGAAAACAGAAGUGAUUUCUAGUGCUGAUAGCCGAUCGAGCCGAAUAACGAAGGAUCGCUAUAACAAAGUGCGUAAAUUGUUGUCGAAGAAACGAGAUCACAACGAGAUUAACGAGAGUAUGAUGUACGGGAUAAGCCAAAUGAUGAACCACCUUAUACCGAAGGGUCGACACUUUGAUGACGUAAGAUUACUCGAAUUCACAGUUGAAUAUUUGAAACAAAGAGCAGAUUUCCAACGAGGCGUGGGUUUUUGUGCAGAGGAAACAAAAGCAUUCCUGAAACAACACAUUUUCGAUAGACGCAAAAUGAACAUCCUGUUUCAAAAACUAGAGCAGCGAAUCGACCUUAUCACACAACAUCAAACCUCGGAUACUAUCGACACUUUUCAACAAGAAAGCAUCUUCGAUCACGUUACCGAAUCUUCGACCGGUGUCUUACUUGAUUUAAGUAUGAAACAAAAUCGAUUACGAGAUGCAACGAGCAAUAGUUAUAUUACCACUACACCUACCAUAAACAGCGUGUGCAAUAAAAUAAAGAAACGGGAAAUUUUGGAUAAAAUUCGACAGAAAAUAUUGAACAAACGUCGGAUGAGCGACAGUAGCCAUCAGAAGGUGGAAAUAAUUCAAAACGAAAUUAUGUGGAGACCAUGGAGAUACUAGCAAAAACUAUAUUAUCUUGCUUUUUAUGGACUU